AACUCAAGUCACAACCAAGUACCACCAUACACACAAUUGUUAUUAAGUGGAAAAUUUCAUUCAAUCACCUCACUAAUAUGCCUUCAGAAUCAUCAACGAAGUCAAGUCAAUCUCCCCCUGCUGAAGGCGACAAGCACAAGCAUUUGGACAGGGAAAUAAGGGAGAUGGUGUCUGCCAUCACCCACCGUGUCACUGAUUUUCACAAACCAGGCUCCACCCACCAUUUGGAGAAUGAGGAUGAACAUGACAUGAGGAUCAUUACCCUCGCAGGAACCAACGAUGGUGCAACACUGAGAAGCGAAUUGGAUGAAAAAUCAGCCAAAACUUCUCAUGGUGAGCCUGAAGCAUUGAGCACCUUUGUUAACAGCAACUUCCAAGCCAUCAACAACUCCAUCAUGCUUGGUGGUAGCUACCAAGCCAAUGACCCUGGUGUGCAUUUGGAUAUCUCUGAUUUCACUGAUCAACCUCCUGAGAGCCACCACCACAAGGUUGAGAAGCCAGGGAAGAAGGGAAAGAAGAAAGACAAAGAAGGUUCCAAAAGUGAUCAUCAAUUUGCCUUUUAAUUGAAAAUGGUACCUCAUAGAGUGCCAAGGAAUAAACAUCUUUUGUCAAUAUUAAACAACUGGUCCAUGUAUGUAUGCUUGAAUAACCAUGUUUUCCUUAUAUGUUUUUGAGUUAUAUAAUUUGUGUUUUUUUGUUUGUGGGUUGUAAUCAAUCAUAUUGGAGAUAGUUAUCGCUAUAUAUAAGCAAGAAUGCAAGAUUGUAAUAUCCAUGCUAAAAAUAUAUAUGAAAACACCACCUAGUUGAUCGAGUUUUGA